CCGAACCCGCCUUCCUUAUUAGUCAUUGGUUGACAAUAUGAUCAAUCAAGUAUAGUAGCGACGUCACGCCCGUAAUUAGCAUACUGAGGAAAGAGGCGGCUGCCACGUUGCUGCAGAGCGGGCGCGCCGCUGGAGGAUGUUAAUACGCCGCAAGGAACCCGGCAAGCUUGUCGCCUGAGACAACGGGACCGGCAAGAGAAGCCCGUUAAAGGCAGGCAAUACAUCGGCAGGGUGAAAAUGUUAACCGAUGUGACCCUGGAGCAGGAGUUCGAAGGCAAGAAGGAUGUUUCGUGGUACGACGUGGAGGAUGUGAAGCGAGACCUCCACUUGGCCGCCGAGCUGGGUAAGACCUUGCUGGAGCGCAACCAUGAGCUGGAGGCGGGGCUACGGCAGAUGUACUCCACCAAUCAGGAGCAGCUGCAGGAGAUCGAGUACCUGUCCAGGCAGGUGGAGCUUCUUCGACAGAUGAGCGAGCAGCACACCAAGGUCUACGACCAGCUGGAGCUGACCUCGCAAAAGCUGGAGCAGGACAACCACCGGCUGGUCUUGGAGAACCGCAUGGCCCAGCAGAAGAUACAGUGCCUAUCAGAGACCAUUGAGGGCCUGCAGACACAAAUGAUGGAGCUGCAGAAGCAGGUGGAGGACCUGAAGCCUGCCCAGCCAGACAGCACUAGCCGAUCCGUCCAGCCAGACAGCACUAGCCGAUCCACCCAGCUGGGCAGCGGGAACAAGGAUCCGUCGGAGUGGGUGUCGGGCCUGGCCUCCCCAGGCAUGUGCUGCAUGGUGGAAACCCCCCCUGAACACGACACAGACUGCAGCUGGACCGAGGUCGACCUCGCCAACGCGGAGGAGGAGAACGCCGCCCUAAAGGUCUCCCUGCAGACGCUGAGGGCGCAGCUACGGGCGGAGGAGACGCGGCGGCAGGUGGCCGAGCAAGAGGUGGAGCUGGCGGCGCAGGACAGCAGCGUCCUGGGACAGCGACUGGCUGAGCUGGAGGGCUGCUGGGAGCGGCGGCAGCGGCUGGAACAGCAGGUGGAGGAGCUGCGUCGGCUGUGGAGCAUAGAGGCAGCCCGGGCCAGGGCGCGGGGAGGCAGGCUGUCCUCCGAGACGCUCCUCACCCCCUUGCAUGAGGAGGAGAUUGACACGGGGGCGGAGUCCGGGGCAGAGUCGGAGGCAGAGUCUGACGUGGGUGGUCCUGAGGGCAGGCAUCCUGGUGAUGGCAAUCUGCUGAGGAGCCCAAGUACCGAGGACCUUCUCCAAGUACAUGAGCGCUUCUGUGCUCGGCGCUCCCAGGCCGUCCGGCCACGCGGCUCCUCCCUCCUACGCAAGGUGGACGAGCAGUACAGCGCCCUGCAGGCCCGCUACGACGCACUGCUCAGCCGCUGUCAGCAGGUGGCAGACGGGCUGAGCCACACGGCCGUACAGACCGCGGGCACCGACAGAACUCGUCGUCGCUCCACCUCCUCCGCCGAGACUCCGGGUGCCGACGUGGACACCUCCCCGCCGGAGUACAGGGCUCUCUUCCAGGAGAUCUUCAACUGCAUCCGCAAGACCAGAGAGGACCUGAGUCACCAAAACAAGACAGCUACACCAACAGUCCAAUGAAAGAUCACCACCUCACUCAGUUCCAGAAGAGCCCGUUUCACUGUAGUUUCUUUAUAAAAUGAAAAAAAAACAUUGAAACUUGGAUUCCGUAUUCUCCCAACAGCUGACUUUGGAUUCCAACUCCCAGAAGGGGGCAUUAACCAUCAAAUUCAUGCCUGUACCUACCAUUGAGGGCACUGAGGUCAAGUCCUCAGUAUUUUUUUUUGCAACUCCAAUAACCACGAUCCAUCCCAGGGCACAGCUAGGAGGGGUAUCACUUCUGACCUCGGUAUUUUAAAAAUCCUGGCUACGGCUUUGGUGACAUUGUAUCGAUUAUAAUUCUGCAUGAUUCCAUAGCACUAUAACGUCUUCCUUAAUAAUGUUAUUGUGAAGGAUUAUCCAUUUGAAAAUAUUACUCAUAGUCGGUGUGUUAUCUGCAAGUGGUAAUGAAGUCGUCUUGUCACGUAAGGAACUCGGUAAGUGUGCGAUGCUGCUUGUGUUGCUUUACACUUCAGUCAACAGACCAUAUUGAUAUUACCUCUAAGCCUUUCUGCCAUAGCAUUGGCUGACCGCAUAUACUAGGUAAGGGCUCUUCAAAUCUUCAGGCCCUCGAUUGCAAAUCCAGGCAGUGUUUUCAGUUCUCCCAGGGAGUUACUUUAAUAGUUACUAACUCUGAUUGGCCUGUGCUAGGUGAAUUAGUAUGAAGCUAAAUCUUUUUUAUAUAGUGUGAAAACCACAACAGGUCUGAUGUAAACCAAUCCAUACCUCAGUGGAAUGUUACCUCUGCUUACCAGAGGUUACAAUGAAUCAUUUCAGGCAACAGGUGGCGUAGUGGUUAAACACUCAGGCUUAUUCCAUUUUGGGAAAUCCCAGUAGGGAUUCUGCUGUAGUACCUUGUAACAGGUAAUUUUCCCUGAAUAUCUCUACGGAUGUCUGACUGUAUAAAUGCAUGAAAGUGUAUUAAAAAUGUUUAAGUUAUUUCAAUCAAAGUGUUCAAUGAAUGGCGAAAGUGACAUGUAAAUAAUACAAUGUAACCAUCUUUUACUAGAAUUGUAGCAAAUCGAUAGGCACUAAUUGAUGCUUAAGCACACAAUGGGUGUGUUUACCUUUUAAAGGCUAUUAAGCGUAUCUUACGCAUCUUUAAUGUUUAUUACGAUAAACUUGACAUGGUUUUAGCUUGGUAGUUGUUCGCAAGUAGGUGUUGAUUUCCGUGGAUUUCUGUGGACUGAAAAGGGAUCUGCCGUAGUGAUCAUGCACUGCCGUGCACUUUAGAACCAGUAUUCAUGUGCGUUACCAUAAAAUAUGCUAAUUUUCCCAUGCACUGCACUUAAUUUGGGACCAGUCUGUUCAUCCCACAACUAAAAUGUGAAGUUAAAUAGUGCAGUUCAAGUUUAAUGAAACAGAAGGAUCUCUUCUGAAACGUACUCAUCUGUUAUGGAUUAUGUUAUGGUUGAUGUAUAAACAGAAUGAAAGGCUGAACGAGAGAGAGAGAGAGAGAGAGAGAGAGAGAACGGUGACGGAUCAGCCUGACUGAGUGGAAACUGCAGUGAUGAAACAGCAGUCUGGGCAGUGGAGGGUUAGGGUCACUGUAAUCAACGGGCCUCUUUAGAUCCUGUGUCUCUGAACUACUGUCAGCAUGUAUGUACGUCAACCUGCCACUGGCUGCAGACUAUGGCUAUAGGCGCAAAUCCAUGUGUGUGACACUGUGAGGAGGGAUGAAAAACAGGGAUUUAACGAGGACACCAAAAAAAAAGGAUUGUUACAUUUCUCCAUUUCAUGUUUGUGUAUUAUUUAUUAUGCAAGUCAUUUUUGUAAUCUCUGCUCUGUCCCAAGUCCACGCAUCCCACUGGCCUGUCGUCGUUUCGCAUUGUACUUCGUGUAUAGUGGGAGCACUGGGCAGAAAUACUUCGGCAGCCUUCUGAGCAGUGGGUUGAUGAAUUGCACUAUGGGGAAAAAAUGUGAAUUAUGUGAAAGAAUGACGACAGACCAGGCGAGUAGCUUAAGCGGAUUAGGAAACUGAGCCGCUGUACUUUGUUGAUGUCUUUGCUGGAUUUCCGUUUGGAAUGGAGGUCAGGAGAACCAUAUGCUGUUUGGGGAAUGUACCUCACCUGUAUCUGCGGACGGUCCAGGUGUGACUCACACUCGCAACCAAGGGGGGUUAAGUGUCUUAUUUCAGAUGUUAGGAGGACACACACCAGCACACAGCCUUUAAGACCAAGGGGGAAAGCAGCUGCAACCUCCUUCCCAGUAAAGGGGAAGAGACGCCCUGCAUAUCCUCCAGACGCCGCUCCCAGAUCAGUCCGUCCGCCCUGACCUCAGCCUCUCCAAAUCUGUGCUUUGUUUUUUAAAGUUACCCAGGAAUUUUAGUACCGAACACUUUUCGUAAUUUCUAAGUUGCAAUACUGUACAUAUGAGUAGUGUAAACUAACAUGUAAAUGCGUUUUUAAUUGUUAACAAAACAGUAUUGAUGUCCUGCAAAAAAUCCUUUCCCUGUCAUAUGUAAACUUCUCAAAGCUGUUGUACUGAUUAGUAUGAUCUGCUGCUAGCAUGUGCACUUACGAAAGGUAAAAUAAAAGCACUGGUUAUAUAAAAA